UCUUCUCUUAGGGCACGCUCUUAGUUGCUGUGGACUCUAGCCACGACCACGAGCUCUCCUUGUGGGACUGGCAGAAAAACGAGAUCCUUGGCAGAGCUGUUGCAAAUCCAGCUCCCGUUCUGGGCUGCCACUUCCCGCCGUCUGAGAACGAGCUGUUCCUGACGUUCGGCGUGCAGCAUCUGUGCUUCUGGAGGAAGGGAAAAGAGAACUACCUCGACCGUCUGGACGCCAUCACCGCUGAACAUGCGCCGAAGACAAUCACAGCCGUCGACUUCAUGGGCAGCGCAGGCUUCGUGACCGGCGACGAUGCGGGCUACGUCACCGUCUGGUCGGCCUCCAAGGAAGGCAGUUACUUCUUCAUCAGCAAGGAAUUCAGGGCGCACGAGAACGACGUGAACGUCCUCCUGUUUCUGCCGCACAAUCUGUUAAUAUCAGCGUCGGCUGUAGACAGAGAAGAUCAGAUCAAGGCGUGGGAUGCCGACAAGAAGUUCCAGAAGCUUGGCGUAACAUCGCUGCCGAAGGGGACGGGCGGCGUGCAUGCCAUGUGCCAACACUUGCCAAAUGCUGCCGACGAGAACGUCUUCGUAGGGACCACGCACAACCUCAUCAUGGAGGGCUCCUUCAAGAGGAAGUUUCGGCCCGUCAUACAGAGCCACUGUCGCGAAACGGUGAGCGUUGUGGUAUCUCCGACUGAAAACGUCUUCUUCACCGUUGGCCGAGACAGGGCGGUCUGCCGUUGGAACAUCUCUAGCCUUGUCUGGAUGACGCCGGUCGAG